GUAAUGGUGCGCGAUGCGCAAGGCGGACGUAGCGGUUGUUCGAACACUAGUCAACAGUACAGUUGUCGUUCAUACAUUGCAUCAGUGGAUAGUUUGUUGGUGUGGUUAAUUUACGUAGUACGUAGAGUUGUGGAAAUCAAAACGCGUAAUGCCAGUAAUCGACAUUAAAGUAGUGAUAGUUACGUAGAUUGGCUCUUCGCAGAAAGAACAACAGAUGAAUAUUUGUGAUCGUACGUUGUAACUGAAUCGAACAAAAUGUGGAGUCCGACGCACGUUCAAGUGACAGUUCAAAGAGCGAAAAAUUUGUUAACCAAAGGAAAACACAAGUCCAACGAUUGUUUCGUGACGAUUGCGCUCGGAAAAGAAAAAUAUCAAACGUCUGUGAAGGAGAAAGCUUCGAAGGAUGUAGAAUGGCACGAAGAAUGUGAGUUACUUAUACCUGAGCAAGGAAACACUGCGGAAAUUAUCCUUACGGCCCUCCAUCGUAAUUUCUUGGGAGUUGACGAAUUUCUCGGCACUAUCAGCAUACCUCUAUCCAGCUUUGACGUUUACGAAAGACCGAGGAACAGAUGGUAUACACUCGGGAGUAAACCAGGCAAAGAAAAUACGAAAGAGAGAGGUGAACUCGAAGUAAAAAUAGGUUUCAUUGUAAAAGCUGGUAGCUUAACGGAUUUGAGCCAUAAAGAACGUCACAAAAGUUCUCUUGGUCAAUUAUCCACAGCUGCUCAUUCAAUAGGUGGAAGUUUACUCAGUAUAGGCAGUUUUGAAAAACGUAAAGGUUUAAGAAAAUUAGCUAAAUCGAUUGGAAAUCGUGUGAAAGGAAAGAGCAAACAUAAUUUGGAUAAAGGAGAUGAUUUAGAUGAAAAAGAAGAACAUAAAUUUCGAAGUACGCAGCAAGAACCAGGUGAAGCCGAUCCUGGUGUUAUUAGCGAAGACGAAGAUGAAUUUACGUUCGACGAUUUAUCUCAUAAGAGUUCAGCAUCAUCUCUAAAUGCUCCGGUAGUUGGCGGUAACAGUAAUAGAGUAGGUUCGGUGACAUCAAUUACUUCUUCCAAUAAUAAUUUUGAAACACAUCAACUUCCAUCAGUGACAGCGAAUUCGGUACCGAAUAAACCUCCACGAUUUUCUGUCAGUUCUUCUGCUAUCUCCUUAUCCAAGGUGGAUAAUAUUAAAGAAGAUGAGUGGGGUUUAAAGCUUUAUGGUAAACAAGUUAAUAAUAAUGUUAAAAGAUGGGAAAAUAAACCAAGUCCGAAAAUUAUAAUAGAUGAGCCAAAGGUUGAAUCUUGUGAAACAUCAUCUAUAAAUUCGCCUUCUUCAACUUUAAAACGUCAAGAUACUUCAGAGACUCCGAAUCCUGCACCACGUGAACUUUUACAAACAAAGAACAAGAUAGAAGAUAAAUUAGGAUCGAAUAAAGAGAAGAAUGUAAAAGAAGAAAAAUUUAAAGAGAAGAAAGAAGAUAAAUAUGGUUGUUGGAGUCCUAAGGAUGAAAAACAAUUACGAAAAGAUAAGAAAAAGGAAAAAGAAAAUAGAUUCAAGGAAUUUAAUGAUGAUAAUAAUUUAUCUUCGGAAAGAAUUAUCAUUGGAGGAGAAGAUGCAAUUAAAACUACAACAAUGAAAAGCCAUUUGCCACAUGAAGUUCUGACACAGUUCGAAGGAAAAUCAAGAGAAGAUCUCAUCGAGCUAACAUUACAAUUGCAAGCAGAAGUAACAGAAAAGAAAAAACGUCUAACUGACUUGGAAGAUUAUAUAGAUGCAUUAUUACUGCGAGUAAUUGAAUGUUCGCCACGUUUAUUGCAAAAUCCAUAUCAAUCACAAAGACGUUUGUCAUCACCUGGUCAUCAGUAAAAUAAUUAAAUGCUUUUUUGUCCUGAUAUUUUUAAUAUUGAUUUUGAGGUUAAUUACAACAUUCGGAGGAAUUAGUGAUAAUUGCACAGUAUAAUGUAUUCCAAUCAUUUUAUACAUGUUUAACUAUAACUACUUUGUAGUUGAUGCGCUUUAAUUUAUUUUCAAUUAACAGAUAGAACUAAUUUUUAUGUAUUUCUAAGUGACAUCGCUUUUAAAAGUGUAUAAACUCUUGUUGAAUUUUUAAUGUUUCGUUAUUGUUUCAACAAAGAAUGCUAUUAAGAUUAAUAUUUUAACGGGUAAUGAAAAAAUGGUGUUUGUGCCAACUAUUGUAAAAUAAGAAAAAAAAGUUACAAAUGUUCCCCUAGUCUUCCCAAAUGUAAUUGUUUAUCCAAAAAAUGUUAUUUCCGUCCAAAGUAUGAUCCCAACAAAUAUAAUUACAAUAUCUGUAUUUUUUAAUAUUUACAUGAAAAUUUCUUCAUACAAUAUGUAUCAUAUUUUCACAAAUAUAUUUAAAAUAAAUAUUAAACUAU